UUGUAGCAAAACUAAUAAAAUAAUUCAUAAUUAGUAAAAGUUAUGAUCUUAAACUUUAAUCAAAUUAAGUAAAUUAGAUAUUCUAAAAUCAAAUGCAUCACAAUAUACAGGACUCACUUAUUUUAAAAUGAAGCUUACCGGUGUUUGUGCGUUCAUAUUUCUAUGUAACCACGUUUAUUUAUCGUUUGCUAUCGAUAACGAUGGUAAAAAACGCGAAGAACGUAAAUCGAAAGGUGUAACUACAUUUGUGAGUGCCAAGUGGGAAGCAACCCCGAUAGUACUCGAACUAGCAGAGUAUUUAGCUGGCGAGAGCUCAGACUUAUUUUGGUCAUUUUUUGAUGGUAUAAACUCACUUAAAAAUGGUUUAGAUACCUUGGAUACAGACAAAGAAAUCUAUGAUGCCAGUAUCGGAGUGGCCAGUACUUUACUUGCACCUGCACAGUUGCGAAUGGCCAAACUAGCUCUGUCUAUGCAUUUAACUUCACCUACAGUACACAUGUUUGACCAAAUUGCAACACAAAACGGUGCAAAAAAUGUAAAAUGUGAUACUUUUGUUUCUAUUGCAUCAAGACAAAUUUGUGACAAUGAUGUUCUGAGAGAUGUACUCAAAUCUUAUGAUCAAUACGAUCCUCAAGAGCAUAGACUAGACACAUAUCUAUUGGAUCAUUCAUAUCCCAGCAGUGACAACAAAAGCCUAACAGCAAUAUUAUAUGGCGAGCUGGGCAUGUCAGACUUUAAUGCCAAACACAAAAUACUUGCUAGUUUUGCUGACAAAGGUGCCAUAAACUAUGUUGUGAGGUGGAAUGUGAAGCCUCGAGGGAAACCAAAGUUACGCUUAUCUGGCUAUGGUGUAGAGUUGCAAUUAAAAAGUACAGAAUAUAAGAGUCAAGAUGACACAACUCCUAAAGAGUCUGAAGGUGGAGAGACUGCGGAGCCAUCUGUGGAGGAAGAUGAAAAUGAUCCACAAAAUCAGAUUGAUGGAUUCAAUUUUGGAAGACUGAAAAAUCUUUUCCCUGCUUUACGCACACCCUUGGAAAGGUUCAGACGCCAUUUAUCCGAGAUGAGCGAAGAACUUGAGCCACUGAAAGUGUGGCAGAUGCAGGCUUUGAGUAUGCAGGCCGCCGCUGCCGUCGUCGACGCUCACGACGCGGGAGGCGAUGAAGCUUUAAAAGUGCUCACCUCUAUCGCUCAGAACUUUCCCAUGCAGACUAAGUCCCUUAUCCACGUGAAUGUACCGAAGUCGAUGCGCGAUGAAGUACUGUACAACCAAGACAUAUGGGCGUCGUCUCUGGGGCUCCGGCCUUCUGAGCCGUUGCUGCUGGUGUCUGGUGCUCAAUAUGACGCUGAGGAGGUCGAUGCUAUGGCCUUACUAGCUGCACUUAGAGAGGACAUCAGGCCCAUGAAUACAUUACAUGCAUUGGGACUGUCGAAGAAACUCAUCAACACGCUGAUGUCUCUGGAGGUCGGGGAAUCCUUCACGUGGGAGGAGUACGGCAUGGACAUACGGGACUCCUCCAUCACGUGGCUGAACGAUCUGGAGACGGACGAGCGGUACCGGCGCUGGCCGUCCUCGCUCAUGGAGCUCCUGCGACCCACGUACCCCGGUAUGCUGAGGAACCUGAGGAGAAAUAUUUAUAAUUAUGUGAUGGUGGUCGACCCAACGUCGAAGUCAUGCGUGCCGCCGCUGAAACUAGCAGAAACUCUAUUAAAUCACGCGACGCCAGUGCGUGUCGGUCUGGUGCUGGCGCCGACGGGGGCGGAGCCGCGGUUAGCUGAUGCCGUACGCAGCGCCUUCAACUACGUCGCUCAGGACCGCAACUCCAACAAGAUCGCAUUCAACUUUUUGACGCAGCUUCUUGUUUCCACUCAAGAGGAGAGCCUGUCCCUGGACCUGAUCAAGAAACACUUAAAGAAAUACACAAACUCUGGCACUAAUGUCGAUGAGAUAAUUGCUGAAGAUUCCGAAUAUAAUUUUGGUAACCAACUGGCUGAGGAGUUCGUCGCAAAACUAGGAAGCAAUGAGUAUCCACAAGUGCUAGUGAACGGUGUGCCGCUACGUGAGGAGGGCGGGGCUUGGACGGCGGAGACGCUGGAGGAGGCGCUAGUGGGCGCCCUCGCCCGCCUCACCGCCCGCCUGCAGCGCGCCGUCUUCCGCGGCGAACUAAGCGACACGGACGACGUGCUCGCACACAUCAUGACGCAGCCGCAUAUCAUGCCCAGGCUGAAUCGUCGAGUCCUUAACUCUGAGCCGAAUCAAUAUUUAGACUUGACUGGCGUGCCUGCCCCCAGUGAACUGUUUACAGAAGAGAAAGUUCACAAAUUACUACACCUUACAGGUCGCGAUGCUUUAGCGACGUCUCUUCAGGUGCUGAAAUACUUUACUAAGUCGGAAAAGCAGGAGAAAUUUACACAAACAAUAUGGGUUGCCGGGGAUCUUAACAACAAGGAGUCAAGGGAACUUCUGAGAAACGCCAUUACGUUUAUGCGCGAGUCUAGCGGCGUGCGCGUGGCGUUUAUCCCGAACGUGGAGGCGUCUAGCGAUCAGUCGAGCGGGCAGGCGCUGAACAGCGUUGUGCUGGCGGCGCUGAGCGCGCUGCCGCCGCCGCGCGCCGCACGGUACGUCGCCGACCUGCUCGCUAAUGACGGCUGCCAUGAGAGGAAGGACUGCGAUAUACUGCCGGAACUAGUGCCGCUACUGACGAAGCAGGACUGGGCGCUGAAGGCGGCGCGUGUGUUGUGCGCGCGCGCCCUGCGUCUGCGCGGUGGGCAGCGUGCGGUUGUGCACAACGCGCGUCUACUCGGCCCGCUGCACGAGACCUUCACUGUUGACGACUUUGUACUGCUGGAGAGAUUCAGUAACCAAGUGUAUGGUGAUAAGAUAUUUGAAGUUUUGAACAAGAAAAAGACAACAACUAAUGAAAUACUUGAUGAUGACGAUGACGACGCUCCCACGCUGUCCACGGACGAGUACCUCAAGGUGUUGUCGGUGCUGGCGGGGCGCAGUGGGCGCACGCGCACGCCGCUGCCCGCCGGCCUGCGGACAGAACACUCCAUGGUCGAGCUGCCACCCAUGUAUGAGGACGAGGCCGCUGUUGACAUCGUAGUGGCACUGGACCCGGCGUCGGUGGCGGCGCAGCGUCUCGGGCCGCUGCUGCUGGUGCUGCGGCGCGUCGUCAACUGCCGCGUCAAGCUGUUCCUCAACCCACAGGACAAGAACUCUGACAUGCCGCUCAAGAGUUUCUACCGCUACGUGUUGGAGGCGGAGCCUGCGUUCACGUCAGCGGGCGCGGGGGCGGGGCCGCUCGCGCGGUUCUCCCGCCUGCCGCACGCGCCGCUACUGUCGCUGGAGCUGCGCACGCCGCCCAACUGGCUCGUCGAGUGCGUGCGCUCCGUGUACGACCUCGACAACAUACGCCUCGCGGAUGUCGACUCGCUCGUACACAGUGAAUUCGAACUGGAAUACCUGCUCCUGGAGGGUCACGCGUGGGACACGACGAUGGGCACGCCGCCGCGCGGGCUGCAGCUGGUGCUGGGCAACAAGGAUAAGCCCGAGAUGAUGGACACCAUCGUCAUGGCCAACCUCGGCUACUUCCAGCUCAAGGCCACGCCCGGCGCCUGGAUCCUGCGCCUCAGGCCCGGCCGCUCAGAGGAUAUCUACGAAAUUGUCGGCCACGAGAACACGGACACGCCGGCGGGCAGCGAGGACAUCCAGGUGCUGAUGAGCUCGCUCCGCAGUCACGUGAUCAAGCUGCGCGUCAGCAAGCGCGCCGGUAAGCAGCACCUCGACCUGCUCGCCGACUCUGAUGACAAUAGCGGAGGCGGCAUAUGGAACUCUAUCGCUAGCUCCUUCGGCGGUGGUGACGAGCAAGAGGCUCAGGACGAGACGAUCAACAUAUUCUCUGUGGCGUCCGGCCAUCUGUACGAGCGGUUCCUGCGCAUCAUGAUGCUGUCCGUGCUCAAACACACCAAGUCCCCCGUCAAGUUCUGGUUCCUCAAAAACUAUCUCAGCCCUUCCCUCAAGGACAUACUGCCGUACAUGGCGGCGGAGUACGGUUUCUCGUACGAGCUGGUGCAGUACCAGUGGCCGCGGUGGCUGCAGCGCCAGCGCGACCGCCAGCGCACCAUCUGGGGCUACAAGAUCCUGUUCCUCGACGUGCUCUUUCCGCUGCACGUCAAAAAGAUCAUCUUCGUGGACGCUGAUCAGAUUGUAAGAGCGGAUCUCAAAGAGCUGGUAGAUCUAGACUUGGGCGGAGCGCCGUACGGAUACACACCAUUCUGUGACAGCAGAAAGGAAAUGGAAGGAUUUAGAUUCUGGAAGCAGGGGUACUGGCGCAGCUACCUGCAGGGUCGCAGCUACCACAUCAGCGCGCUGUACGUGGUCGACCUUAAGCGGUUCCGGCGCAUCGCGGCCGGCGACCGCCUGCGCGGACAGUACCAGGCGCUCAGCCAGGACCCCAACAGUCUCUCCAACUUGGACCAAGAUCUGCCGAACAACAUGAUCCACCAGGUGGCGAUCAAGUCGCUGCCGCAGGAGUGGCUGUGGUGCGAGACCUGGUGCGACGACGCCUCCAAGGCCUACGCCAAGACUAUUGACUUGUGCAACAACCCGAUGACGAAGGAGGCGAAGCUGUCCGCGGCGAUGCGCAUCGUGCCGGAGUGGCGCGAGUACGACGCCGAGAUCCGCGAGCUGCGGGCGCGCGUGCGUCGCGGCUUAUAUCAAGCCAAUGACCAUGAACAGGAGGAUGAUACAGUUCACCAUGAAGAAAUUAGUACGGGUAAACAACACGAGCAUACAGAGUUAUGAUGAAACAACCAGUGAUAUUAUAGUUCGUUCUAGCCAGUGAGUGAGUGAGUGUGUGGAUAUACUGUGUUGUUGUUUUGAAUUUAUGCAUUGUAAAAUUUACAUUUUUUUCUAUAAUAUUAUGUAUAAGUUAAGCACAUCCUACCUUAAUUUACAUUUACUUCACGUUGCGCCAUAUUGUAAGUAGUUCAAUUUUUACGAUGUAUAAAGUUAACUUGUAAAGUUAAUCAGGGUAAAUUCGGACGUAGGAUGAGUCCUGAUGAUUGAAAUUAGUGAGUACGAAACGUACGAGCUUAUCCUGAUUUUCCCUAGUAAAUACUCUUUAUAAAGAGUAUUUACUAGUUAUAUAAAUAUUACUGUACGUGCAUACCGCGUACGCUAGGUGUGCGUGCUAUACGCUCACUGCGUACUUUGCGUUACAACUGAAUUUAACCUACUUAUAUUUUAUUACUGAUGCUAUAAAUCUGGAUCUCACGGCUAUAAAUGUACAUUUUUAAUUUUUGUAUACAUAUUUUUAUUGCGAUGAGUGAAAUGUACACGAUUGUUUAAGUGUUUAAGUAGUAGGACAAAAUGUUUAUCCACACACGAUUUUAUUUUCCAUUAGUUAAGAAAAAGUGAUUUGAAGACCCUGUUAUGUCAACCUUAUUACCAAAUGAUAUUUUUGUUUACAUUUUGAUUUAUAAAUUA